GAAGAUACAGAGAAAAGGAGAGAAAUGCGAGAGAGGAGAAGAAAAGUUUUAAAGAAUAUAUGCUGUAACAUAAACACCUGCUAACACCCACCAUGUUGAGGGAUGGGGAAUUACAAGUCCAGACCAACAAUCUCUUGUGCAGAUGAACUUAAAAAGAAAAUAAGUGAAAGUUACUCAAUAUUCAGAUCAAAAAUCAUUGAAGAACUUCGUCCAAAUGAAAAGGAUUGGACAGAAUUACAGUUAGCAUGUGGGAGAGGAGACUGCACCACUGUAGCUGACUUGCUGACUGAUGAGAAUAUAGAGGAAAGAACAGAUACUGGGUUAACACUCCUUCACAUAGCUUGUAUAUUUGGGGGAAGUAAAAGUCUGAUAGAUUUACUGCUGAAGAAAAACGUGAAAUCCUCAGUGCUCAGUAAGAACCAGUUUUCUGCACUACAUUUAGCUACAUACAAGGGAGAUACAGAAUGCGUUCAGAACUUGCUGGACAGUGAGGAUGUAGAUGUAAAUUUGGCAGGAAACAGUGGCACCUUCCCAUUACACAUAGCAGCUAAGUGUGGUCAUGCUGAGAUAACCAGUGCUUUGUUGGAAAAUGGAGCAAAGGUCAAUGCUGAGGAUGCAGUAAAGUUCUCACCACUGCAUGUAGCCUGCAACUUUGGUCAUGAGCGGGUGGUGGAGCUGCUGAUCUCACACGGGGCUGAUGUAAACAUUUCAGGGGGAGUGGGUGACAGGCCUCUACACUUGGCCUGUGCCAAGGGUCACCUCCACAUCACUAAGCUGCUAGUCCAGGGCACUUCCCAACAAAAGGCCGAUGUAAAUGUUACAGACGACGAGCAGCACCGACCGAUCCACUUCUGCUGUAAGUCAGGGCACCUGCCUGUCCUGUACUACUUACUGGAAAACAAGGCAGAGCCACAUGCCCAGAACAUCUAUGGAGACACCCCUCUUCAUUUGGCAUGUUACAAUGCCAAGGUGGAGGUGGUCAAGCAGUUAGUAUUACUGACCAGUGCUGAGAGUCUGACUGUUGAAAACAUAUUCAGUGAGUUCCCAAUACACAGUGCCUGUACCAGUGGUCGCAGCCUGGAACUGAUCAAGUAUCUGUUGGAGCAGCCCAGUGUCAACAUCAACCAGCAGGGGCGAGAUGGACAUACAGCAUUGCACAGUGCCUGUAACCAUGGUCACAUCCGUGUUGUCCAGUUCCUACUGGAGUGUCGUGCUGACAUGAACCUUGUGUCCACCAUGACUGACCAGAACUCGGGAAGUGAGAAGGUGGAGGAACAGACAGCACUCAUGUGGGCUUAUGAACAAGGACAUGAUGACAUAGUGACACUUCUGAAGCACCAUAAACGGCCCCAGGAUGAGUCAGCCUGUGGGGACUACUCCCAGCCAGGUCAAGAGGGGUCAUACGUAUCCGUCCCCUCCCCUCUGGGUAAACUUAAAAGUAUAACACGAGAGAAAAUAGAUGUGCUACAGCUGAGAUCCACUUUACCUCGUCACUACCACUUAAAUAUCAGCGACCUUGACUUUGAGGAGGUCAUUGGCAGUGGAUCAUUUGGCAAGGUGUACAAAGGGCGCUAUGAUGGCAAAGUGGUGGCCAUCAAAAGAUAUAGAGCAAACUCGUUUGGUGCCAAAUCUGAUGUUGACAUGUUCUGUAGAGAGGUGGCCAUUCUGUCCAAGUUAAACAGCCCCUAUGUGAUCAGCUUUGUAGGGGCAUGCCUAGAUGAUCCCAGUCAAUUUGCCAUCGUUACUCAGUUUGUGUCUGGUGGUUCCCUCUUCAGUAUACUUCAUGAACAAAAAAGAGUUAUAGAUCUGCAUUCCAAACUGACAAUAGCCGUGGAUAUUGCUAAGGGAAUGGCCUACCUACACACGCUGCCUCAACCAAUCAUACAUCGUGACCUCAACAGCCACAACGUUUUACUGGACGAGAACGGACAUGCACUAGUGGCAGACUUCGGAGAAUCCAGAUUUCUACGAUCUUUGGAGGACAACAUGACUAAACAACCUGGUAAUCUGCGCUGGAUGGCGCCCGAGAUAUUUACACAGUGUACCAAGUACAGCAUCAAGGCAGACAUGUUCAGCUACUCCCUUUGUCUUUGGGAACUACUGGCCGGGGAACUUCCAUUUGGUCACCUCAAACCUGCUGCUGCAGCAGCCGAGAUGGCCUACCACAACACACGUCCACCAAUAGCAGUGACCUUCCCUAAAGCACUAGUAGCCAUCCUCCAGCGCGGCUGGAAUGCCUCGGCAGAGGAUAGGCCCGAAUUUAAAGAAAUUGUGAUUAUUCUGGAGGAGUGUAAACAGUCCCAAGGCGUCGGGCUCCUCACCAACUCUCAAAUCAGUGUCUCCCUCGUGUCCCGACUCUCACCAAUCAGAGACGAAGAGGAAGGAGAGGAAGGUCGUGACACCCCACCCCUGGCUGGUCAUGUGACAGCACUCAGGACACACUGGGAACUUGAGGCCACAAGACACAGUGCUGUUCCAGAUGACGAGCUCAGACGUCGCCUUCAGUAUCCACAGAUAGACAAGAAUGGUUAUGUGUCAGACCCCCUGAGUACACUACAGAUCCCAGUGACUAUUGCCCCACCAGCAGACCCGCUGCCCAAACUGGAGGUGGACUCUCCCUUUACACAACCUGUGGUCAACAACCUCAGUAAUGGCUUCCGGUCACAGUCCCCAGCCAGCAGUUCAUCCUCCCUUACUGACAUCACUUCCUGACCCACUGGGCAUGCCGAGAACUCUCACCAUUGUGGGAAAUAGUCAGCAUUUCAUCAAACAAGGCAAUGACUUACAGAUGACCUUGCAACAGAGGUCAAAUGAAAAGGUGGUUUUAACUGUGUGUGAAUUCUGAGGUUAAAUCCACAUAAAUUAUCUAAACUAUGAACAUCUAGCAAUGAUCACAACCAUGUCAGGUUGUACUAGUGGGUGAACUUUCAACAGACUACAUCAUAGAAUUGUAUUUUGAUGAUGUGACUUUUCCGUCCAGAGAAUAUAAAAUUAAUGUAAUUUGAAUUAAUUUUAAAAAUGUUCAUCCUGACCUGUACUCAUCAUGACCCUGUCUGGUUGUUGUUUCAGUGAUCAACUUUGAUCCUUGUACAGAUGUGUGAUUCAGCUAUCUUUGAAACUCAGACAUUUUUACUGAAUUUUUAGGCAAAUCGUGUCCAAUUAUUUAUACUUGUUUUCAUUGAUGUCAUCAUGACCCUGUGUUGUUGUUGUGUCUGUCCCCAGAUGUUCUACAGUCUAUAGUGUGUCAUAAUGUAUUACAUGUUAAUAUCACAUUUUGGUGCUUAUUAGUCCCCCACUGCUUCGGGGGGGUGGGGGGUCUGCACUCGUCUCUGUCCAAAGAGUUUCUCCAGGGCACUCUAUAUUAUUUCACCUUGAGUAAACAGAUUUGGUAUUGGUAUGCGAGUACAUCAUGGCUUGUUAGAGUGUCAAGUACAAAAACCAGUUUGUCCCGACCAUAUUUUCUAUACUAUUACACCUUAAGUAACCAGAUUUGGUAUUUUAACUAGCAUUACUAGGUUUGGUAAAGGGGUAUGUCUUGGCUGGUGGAGUGUGUAGCACAAGAAGUGUGUUACUGUGAACUACAUCCUGAGAUAGGUAUACAGCUCGGGGUAUGUCUUGGCUGGUGGAGUGUGGAGUACAAGAAGUGUGUUACUUUGAACUACAUCCUGAGAUAGGUGUACAGCUCGGGGUAUGUCUUAACUGGUGGAGUGUGGAGUACAAGAAGUGUGUUACUGUGAACUACAUCCUGAGAUAGGUAUACAGCUCGGGGUAUGUCUUGGCUGGUGGAGUGUGGAGUACAAGAAGUGUGUUACUGUGAACUACAUCCUGAGAUAGGUGUACAGCUCGGGGUAUGUCUUGGCUGGUGGAGUGUGGAGUACAAGAAGUGUGUUACUGUGAACUACAUCCUGAGAUAGGUAUACAGCUCGGGGUAUGUCUUGGCUGGUGGAGUGUGGAGUACAAGAAGUGUGUUACUGUGAACUACAUCCUGAGAUAGGUAUACAGCUCGGGGUAUGUCUUGGCUGGUGGAGUGUGGAGUACAAGAAGUGUGUUACUGUGAACUACAUCCUGAGAUAGGUAUACAGCUCGGGGUAUGUCUUGGCUGGUGGAGUGUGGAGUACAAGAAGUGUGUUACUGUGAACUACAUCCUGAGAUAGGUGUACAGCUCGGGGUAUGUCUUGGCUGGUGGAGUGUGGAGUACAAGAAGUGUGUUACUGUGAACUACAUCCUGAGAUAGGUAUACAGCUCGGGGUAUGUCUUGGCUGGUGGAGUGUGGAGUACAAGAAGUGUGUUACUGUGAACUACAUCCUGAGAUAGGUAUACAGCUCGGGGUAUGUCUUGGCUGGUGGAGUGUGGAGUACAAGAAGUGUGUUACUGUGAACUACAUCCUGAGAUAGGUGUACAGCUCGGGGUAUGUCUUGGCUGGUGGAGUGUGGAGUACAAGAAGUGUGUUACUGUGAACUACAUCCUGAGAUAGGUAUACAGCUCGGGGUAUGUCUUGGCUGGUGGAGUGUGGAGUACAAGAAGUGUGUUACUGUGAACUACAUCCUGAGAUAGGUGUACAGCUCGGGGUAUGUCUUGGCUGGUGGAGUGUGGAGUACAAGAAGUGUGUUACUGUGAACUACAUCCUGAGAUAGGUAUACAGCUCGGGGUAUGUCUUGGCUGGUGGAGUGUGGAGUACAAGAAGUGUGUUACUGUGAACUACAUCCUGAGAUAGGUAUACAGCUCGGGGUAUGUCUUGGCUGGUGGAGUGUGGAGUACAAGAAGUGUGUUACUGUGAACUACAUCCUGAGAUAGGUAUACAGCUCGGGGUAUGUCUUGGCUGGUGGAGUGUGGAGUACAAGAAGUGUGUUACUGUGAACUACAUCCUGAGAUAGGUAUACAGCUCGGGGUAUGUCUUGGCUGGUGGAGUGUGGAGUACAAGAAGUGUGUUACUGUGAACUACAUCCUGAGAUAGGUAUACAGCUCGGGGUAUGUCUUGGCUGGUGGAGUGUGGAGUACAAGAAGUGUGUUACUGUGAACUACAUCCUGAGAUAGGUAUACAGCUCGGGGUAUGUCUUGGCUGGUGGAGUGUGGAGUACAAGAAGUGUGUUACUGUGAACUACAUCCUGAGAUAGGUAUACAGCUCGGGGUAUGUCUUGGCUGGUGGAGUGUGGAGUACAAGAAGUGUGUUACUGUGAACUACAUCCUGAGAUAGGUAUACAGCUCGGGGUAUGUCUUGGCUGGUGGAGUGUGGAGUACAAGAAGUGUGUUACUGUGAACUACAUCCUGAGAUAGGUGUACAGCUCGGGGUAUGUCUUGGCUGGUGGAGUGUGGAGUACAAGAAGUGUGUUACUGUGAACUACAUCCUGAGAUAGGUAUACAGCUCGGGGUAUGUCUUGGCUGGUGGAGUGUGGAGUACAAGAAGUGUGUUACUGUGAACUACAUCCUGAGAUAGGUGUACAGCUCGGGGUAUGUCUUGGCUGGUGGAGUAUGGAGUACAAGAAGUGUGUUACUUUGAACUACAUCCUGAGAUAGGUGUACAGCUCGGUCAAUAUAGAAAUCAUCACUGGUGGGGGACUAUGGAUUGCAGCCUUCAAUACUUUGCCUUGGUUGUGAUGUACUUACAUCAUCAUCUUUUAAUCUGUCAUCUUCAUGUUCUUGUGCCUUGAUUACCUGCCUAUGUGAAUUUAAAAAAUUAAUACAAUAUUUUUUCGACAGGAUUUAGGGCUUAUUUUCCAUACAUUUAUAUUUUCGCCAAGCUUUUGUAAAGGUAGUUCCAAUCAAAAUGUUUCCUGUGCAUCAAAUAGGAUAUUAUUUUUGUAUUAACACAAAGUUAGCUUGUAACAAUAUACAAAGGUUCAGCAAUGCAAUACAUUUAUGUCUUUACUUCCCAAUCGUUUAUCCUUGGAAACCUUGGUGAAAUACUUGAAUAAAUAACAUGUCAAUUAGAAUAUUGUAAUUGCAGGGCUUGCCAAUUGACCGGACUCCACUGUACUGAGAUAUAGAUUGUACUGUAAUCUUUCAUUCAAUAUUUAUGUUAUUAACGGUUAGUUGUCGAGUAAAAAUGUUUUUACAAAUCCAGGGAAUGGUUUCAGCACAUCUUUGUAACUGUUUAUACCACAUAUACAAUACUGAUGUGGUGUAGCCUGACCCUCUGGGUGGAUGUGAUGUUGGACAUUUAUAAAUACCAGGUCUGAAGCUGUCUAUUAAAUGUACAGUAAAACCUGACAUUAAAGACAUGUUGUGACAAUCUUAAGUGUGAUGGCAGUGAGUAAUAAUUGAUAUCUCGAUGGCGUGAGAGUGUGUGUCGUCUGUUACAUAAGUAAGGCACAGUGCAAUAUAUUUAAUAGGAUAUUUGUGGAUAUCUGUUCAUUUACAAUAUUACAUUAAAAUUUUAUAGAGCAACAAAUAAUGUCAGUUUUGGUUUCAUAUCUUUUUAAAAAUGUCUUUGUACUUUUUAUAUUAAGCCUGAAAAAAUCAGGUGAACACUAUGUGGUCAGUGAGGUGAUGACUUUACCAUGGACGUAAAGCCUGUCUAUAGAGGCAUUCUAAAUCAUUGUAUGUAUUAUGUAUACCACAAAUAAUUAAACCUUAAGCUUGCUAAAACACUUAGAACUUCCUAAGCCAUGCUGAUUGGUAGGGAUAACACUGGUCACAGAUGUGGUGACCUGAUAUAACAGUUACUGGUUAUAGGUAGGGAUAACACUGGUCGCAGAUGUGGUGACCUGAUGUAACAGUUACUGAUUAUAGGUAGGGAUAACACUGGUCACGGAUGUGGUGACCUGAUAUAACAGUUACUGAUUAUAGGUAGGGAUAACACUGGUCCCAGAUGUGGUGACCUGAUAUAACAGUUACUGGUUAUAGGUAGGGAUAACACUGGUCACAGAUGUGUUGACCUGAUAUAACAGUUACUGAUUAUAGGUAGGGAUAACACUGGUCCCAGAUGUGGUGACCUGAUAUAACAGUUACUGGUUAUAGGUAGGGAUAACACUGGUCACAGAUGUGGUUACCUGAUAUAACAGUUACUGAUUAUAGGUAGGGAUAACACUGGUCCCAGAUGUGGUGACCUGAUAUAACAGUUACUGGUUAUAGGUAGGGAUAACACUGGUCGCAGAUGUGGUGACCUGAUGUAACAGUUACUGAUUAUAGGUAGGGAUAACACUGGUCCCAGAUGUGGUGACCUGAUAUAACAGUUACUGGUUAUAGGUAGGGAUAACACUGGUCGCAGAUGUGGUGACCUGAUAUAACAGUUCCUGAUUAUAGGUAGGGAUAACACUGGUCCCAGAUGUGGUGACCUGAUAUAACAGUUACUGGUUAUAGGUAGGGAUAACACUGGUCACAGAUGUGUUGACCUGAUAUAACAGUUCCUUAUUAUAGGUAGGGAUAACACUGGUCACAGAUGUAGUGACCUGAUAUAACAGUUCCUGAUUAUAGGUAGGGAUAACACUGGUCACAGAUGUGUUGACCUGAUAUAACAGUUCCUUAUUAUAGGUAGGGAUAACACUGGUCACAGAUGUGUUGACCUGAUAUAACAGUUCCUUAUUAUAGGUAGGGAUAACACUGGUCACAGAUGUGGUGACCUCAUAUAACAGUUACUGAUUAUAGGUAGGGAUAACACUGGUCCCAGAUGUGGUGACCUGAUAUAACAGUUACUGGUUAUAGGUAGGGAUAACACUGGUCACAGAUGUGGUUACCUGAUAUAACAGUUACUGAUUAUAGGUAGGGAUAAAACUGGUCACAGAUGUGGUGACCUGAUGUAACAGUUACUGAUUAUAGGUAGGGAUAACACUGGUCCCAGAUGUGGUGACCUGAUAUAACAGUUACUGGUUAUAGGUAGGGAUAACACUGGUCACAGAUGUGGUGACCUGAUAUAACAGUUACUGAUAUAUCUGAGACAAUUGCUGACAUUUUGAUAUAACUUGUGAUAAGCCUUUUCGUACCUUUUAACAGACUCUUUAUUAGGGCUAGACUCCAGUCUCUCUGAUACAGCAACCGAGGUCUGGGGUUUGUUAUAUUACUGUAUUCUGUAAGUAUUUAUGGUCUUUCAUUCUAUAUUUUGAAAUGCAAGAGACUUGGACAGUAGAUGAUGUUUUACAUUUUUACAUUAGAUACAACAUGAAAUAUUAGUUACCAAUAUUUCUGCAUUUUGUUACAAAUAUAAUAAACUGUAUUCACAAUAAAAGUGGAGUUUUUUUCCAAAUCAAUGUA